CCGGUUACCCGGCAACAGGAUGCCGGGCGCGGGGCGGCGGGGCGGGUGCGUGCGGUGGCGGUUGCGAGAGAGACCCUGAGCCGCGGCGAUGAGCCCGGAAAAGCAGCCUCAGGAAGAGAAUGAAGUUGACUCCGUUCUCCUUUCAGCGUCCAAGAUCCUAAAUUCCGCGGAGGGGGUGAAGGAAAGUGUCGGCAGUGACACAGAAUAUGGCUGCAUAUCAGAAUCAGAAAAUCAAAUCCAACCACAAUCAGCAUUGAAAGUCCUUCAGCAUCAGUUGGAAUCAUUUCAGGCUUUGAGAAUGCAGACUUUGCAGAAUGUUAGCAUGGUACAGUCGGAAAUCAGUGAAAUAUUGAAUAAAAGUAUUAUUGAAGUAGAAAACCCACAGUUCAGCUCAGAAAAAAAUCUAGUGUUUGGCACGCACAUCGAAAAGGAUUUGCCUAUAGAGAAUCAAGAAGAAAACCUGUCUAUGGAGAAAAGUCCUCACUUCAAGGAUUCCAAGACACUUCAUUCAAUAGAAGAAAAAUUAAGUGGUGAUAGUGUGAACAGUCUCUCUCAAAGUAUAAAUGUUCCACCCCAGAGACAUUUCGAGGACACAUUAACUCUGAGAACUUCAACAGACAAUUUAUCUUCAAACAUGAUUACACACCCUUCAGAAAAUUCUGACAUCUUGAAGAAUUAUAAUAACCUUUAUCGUUUUCUACCUACUGUACCUCAAAAUGGGAUGUCUCAAGCUGACAGAGUAACACUGGAUAAAUCCAAAAUUACUGCGCCUUUUCUCAAACAUGGAUUUUGUGAAAAUUUAGAUGACAUUUGCCAUUCUAUCAAACACAUGAAAGAAGAGCUUCAAAAGUCACAUGACAGGGAAGUGGCACUUACAGAUGAACUUCAGAUUUUAAAAACUGAUCCACAUGUUCAAAGUAGCAGUAAAUACAACCUGUCACCUCUUCACCAGGAAAAAAUUGGCUUUAUUAAGGAAGAAAACGUGGAUGGGAAUUUAAAUGAAGAUACAAAAUCAAAGAGAAUUUCAGAAUUAGAGGCAUUAAUAAACAAAUUACUCCCAUUCAGGGAAACAGUGUCAAAAUUCCAUGUGAAUUUUUGUAGAAAAUGUAAAAAAUUAUCUAAGAGUGAAAUACACAGGGGAAAGAAAAAUGAGAAAAACAAUAAAGAAAUUCCCAUCACUGGCAAGAAUAUUACAGAUUUAAAAUUCCAUUCCAGAGUUCCAAGAUACACACUGUCAUUCCUCGACCAGACAAAACAUGAAAUGAAAGACAAAGAAGGACAACCAUUUCUAGUAAAACAAGGAUCAAUAAUAUUUCAAAAUGAGAAGACUUCCAAAGUUAAUUCUGUUACUGAGCAGUGUGUUGCAAAAAUUCAGUACUUACAGAAUUACCUGAAAGAAUCUGUGCAGAUACAGAAAAAAGUAACAGAACUAGAGAAUGAAAAUCUAAACCUUAAGUCCAAAAUGAAACCUCUUAUCUUUACCACACAAUCUCUCAUACAGAAAGUUGAAACAUAUGAAAAGCAACUUAAGAAUCUGGUUGAAGAAAAGAGUACUAUUCAGUCUAAAUUAAUUAAAACAGAAGAAGACAGCAAAGAGUGUCUUAAAGAAUUAAAAAAAAUAAUUAGUAAAUAUAAUGUUCUCCAAGGCCAAAAAAAAACCCUAGAAGAACAAAAUAUACAACUUUCUUUAGAGAAGCAACAAAUGAUCGAAGCAUUAGAUCAACUAAAAAGUAAGGAACACAAAACUCAAAGUGAUAUGGCCAUUGUCAAUAAGGACAAUAAUCGAAUGAUUAUAGAAAUGGAAGCAAUGAAAACCAAUAUUCUGUUGAUACGAGAUGAAAAAGAAAUGUUGGACAAAAAAACACACCAGCUUCUAAAAGAAAAAAGCUCACUCGAAAACAAACUAAAAGAAAACCAGCUAGAGAUGAUGCAGCUAAAAGAGAAAGAAAGAUUGGCCAAAACGGAGCAAGAGACACUUCUUCAAAUAAUAGAAACCGUUAAAGAUGAAAAACUUCACCUUGAAACAGCAUUACAAGAAUCUACUGCUGCCAGACAAAUUAUGGAAAGAGAAAUUGAGACGAUUCAAACCUACCAAUCUACUGCAGAGGAGAAUUUUCUGCAAGAAAUAAAAACUGCAAAAUCAGAAGCAAGUAUUUAUAAGAAUAGCUUGUCAGAAAUUGGCAAGGAAUGUGAAAUGUUAUCAAAAAUGGUAAUGGAAAUGAAAACAGAUAAUCAGAUUCUAAAAGAAGAACUAAAGAAACAUAGUCAAGAAAAUAUAAAAUUUGAAAACAGCAUCAGUAGACUUACCGAAGACAAAAUACUUUUAGAAAAUUAUGUAAGAAGCAUAGAAAAUGAAAGGGAUACUUUGGAAUUUGAGAUGCGGAAUCUUCAACGAGAAUAUUUAAGUGAUAAAAUGUGUAGUCAGCAUAAUGACCCUUCAAAAACAACUUAUAUUUCAAGAAGAGAGAAAUUCCAUUUUGACAACUAUACUCAUGAAGACACUUCCCAUCCUCGGAGUAGGCCUUUGGCUCCAGAUCUGAAAGGUAUACGAGUCCUGGUAGGUUAUCUCAAUGUUAAAGACAGAACUCUCAGGCAUCAUUAGGAUUCCUCACAACUGCUAAGAAACUCCCUUUGAGAAAUAGCCAAUGUUAACAUGUACUGCUAACUGAACUAUGAAUAUCUAACUAGUCUCAAAUGACUCACACUAAGGUGCUACAGAUUUGCUUUAAAAAUUAUGCACAGAAUGGUUUGGUGCAGAUAAGUUAGGCUUUUUCAGCUGAGAAUUUCCGAAGAUGAGAGAGAACUUCUACCGGGAGGGCAGGUACCUGCACAUGGAAGGAGCUGAGGUGUCUAAAGUCACCCAAACUUGUCAUUUUAAAAAGCAUGUAUAAAUAAAAGAUACUAUUUUGAAAAG